AAUUUCAGGAAGUUGUUUGCAUUUGAUCUUGAUGCCAAACGUCUGUCCACCAUGAGCACUCUUCUCCUUCGUGCCGGGGUCACAUGUCAUCAGCUGGCCAAUCAGGAUUUUCUGAAAGUAGAUCCACAGAGCUCAGAGUACAAGGAAGUCGAGAACGUCCUUCUGGACCCGUCCUGCAGUGGAUCAGGGAUGGUUUGUCUACGGGAUGAGGUCUCAGAGCCGCAGGAUGACAGGCGUCUGCAGGCGCUGGCUACAUUUCAGCUGCGCUGUCUCAACCGCGCACUGCAGUUCCCUCAGGUACAGCGCGUCGUCUAUUCCACCUGCUCCAUUCACUCGCAGGAGAACGAGGAGGUUGUGUCGGCCUGCUUACAGCAGAACCCUGGAUUCAGAGUAGUCCAUCUUCUUCCAAACUGGCCUGAGAGGGGUCAUGAGCCUUUCACCCAGUGCCUUCGUGCCAGCACAGCAAAAACACGCACUCAUGGGUUCUUUGUGGCCAUGCUGGAGAGACGCCCCCCGCAGACAGAUGAGGAAAACCUCCCGAUCAUCACAACAUUGCAGUCUGGGUGUGAGGAAAAGCAGGACACACAUCAAUCUGGUCCAUCUGAUGAGGAACAAGAGAACACAGAGACUGCAAUCAAUCAACUGACAAAUCCAAGCUCAAAGAAGAAAAGGAAGAGAAACAGAAAACCCCCCAAAAAGCAAGAACCCUGAAGUUGUACUUGAAAAUCAUCUCUUCUCAGCUAACCCACCACUGACACACUGACUCCUGCUUUUAUUGAAAUGUGAUGAAUGAUAUAUUGUAUUAAGCCAGACCUCAGAUUCAUUAUUUAGAAAUGUGAGUUGUCUGUCAUGCAUUGAACGCCACUGAUGAGCAUAAUUAAGAUCCACAGCAAGUCAACUUUACAUUUUUAUUGGAAACCAGCAUGUCAUUAUCAGAGCAUUUAAGCAGACACAACACAAUCCGUGUGCCGCUUCAUUCAGAACUCCAUUCACGCUUUGAGGGUUAGUGGGAAUGGUCAUUUACACACUAACUGAGCAUUCACUAACAGCAACGUCUGAAAAACAUACAACUAGGUACAACUGCUCUCAAACAUUCACAGCUUGAGAAAUCCAGCUCUCAUCUCAACAUCUCAUUUUCUCAAUAGUCUACACAACUCGCUUGUAUUUGGUACGGCUUUCUAAUAAACAGAAAGCCUGGGCUCAUGCCUCCUUGCAUCAGUCUGGGCAUGAGGAUACUU